AUCCGCUAGGACGUGCCAGUUCGCCACCCGAGUGCCAGCCGAAGGAUCACCGCGAGAGGAACGGACGAGAGCGUAUCAGGACAAACCCAGCGAAAUCACCGCAUCUCGAAAGAUGACGUGUAACUGGGCGUGGUUGCUGCUGCUGCUGUUCUCGCUGAUCUCCAUAGGCUUGUGCCUGCCUACGAACCUGAUGGAGGACGCGAAGAAGGCGGACCAGACCAUGAAGCCAAAAUCAAAACGAACGCAGGAGAUGCUGAUGUUCGGCAACCAGCAGAAUCGACAGGCUGCUAAUGCUGCUGCCGCUGCUGGAGAAUCCUUAAUGUCGAAUGCAGAGAAACGAACUCUCGCUGCCUCGGGGCUGGGAGGCUUGAAAGCAGCUCUUGCCGAGGACGAUAAACCAUCCCUGGCCCAGAAAUCACCCAGCAACGCUAUGUACGAGCGCGAGUCGUACUCGCCGUACGAUAAGAAUUAUGACUACGGGAAAGUCAUCAUGAAUGAGGUCGAGGAGGAUGUACCGCGGGUGUGGGACACAGUGCCGUAUUCGCGGUAUUACGCGGGCGAGGAUCGACGCAAGAGAUCGGAGAAGUCCACCACGACCGUACGACCGACCACGUUGCAACCUCCGACGAGCUCGCUCCAAACGAGACGUCUGCCCAACCUUCUGCCUACCCCGCAGCCGAUGCAGGCUCAAGUUAAGAGGAGCGUCCCGUACUACCAGGAACCACGAUACAAGCGGGAGCUGCCUCUGGACAUCAACCCUGAUGAUGUGUUGACCCUCCUGUCGCUGUGGGAGAACGAACAACGUAACGGAAACUGGCGCAAAUACGCUAACGAAGAAUACGAGAUAGACGACAGCGAUUUCCUUGAUGAGGAAGAUCCUAGAAACGCUCUCCCGUGGUUGACACCGGUAUAUCCCUCGCGGCACUACGACACAUUAUCGCCCUCUGACAUCGGGAUAGUCCGAACCCACCCGCCCAGCUAUUACGAGCAGUACGGAAAGCAGCUGGAUCAGCAGUAUGAGGGUCCCGCGCAGUAUGGCAAUCAUGUUAAUCCGCAGUACGAUUUCCUUUAUCCUCAACGUGCCGCGUACUACCCUCAGAAGAGGUUCAUAGUGUCCAAGAAACGAACGCAGGGCUACGAUCCGUACCCCGCCGCUGAGCUGCAGUUGAGCUCUCAACCGCGAAGCUAUCAAUAUCCCCAUCGAAUGGUCUACUAAGUAAUCUGCGACGUUGGGGCCUGUCUAAAGGCGUACGAAGAGAAGCAAAAAUCUCUCGGAUGAAGAAUCUACCAGGAAAAGGAUGUCAGCAGCCGACGUUUCUCUGGGAGUCCGCGCUCUUUCGACAAACGGCCCUUGCUGUCGCUCCUCUUCAGCUAUCCUCCCUUUCAAUCGCAGGAGGCAAAACAAGCAGUCGCGACGACAACGUCGACGCUGAUUUACUCGUUCUAAGAAAAUCACGGUGCUCACUAAGAGAAGCUUUCCUUGGGUUUACAAGAGUCGCGCUGGAGAACCGAGGAACGUGAGAAUCAGACCUUUCUUGAUCCAGACUCUUUAGUCCAAGUACCUCGGAAUAUAAAAAGUGACAAAUUCGCAUUUAGAAUAUGGCAUUUUAUCAUUGUAACGAUAAUCAGCAUUCAGGUUUUUUGCAGAGGCCUGUUUAACACGAAUUUUAUAAGACAGCGUGUGAAACAUAUCAGAGUCCACGACUCAAUAUCUGAAACAAUUUCCUGCGCCAGGUGGUCGAAGAAAUCGAUCGCUUUCAUCGAGCUCUUUUUCAAAUCCGAUCGCGAUGACGGUUAAAAUGUAAAAAAAAAAAAGCUUCAGCGCGCUCUUGUUACUUACUCGCUUAAUGGUAAUGUUACGAUUUUAAGCUCCUUUUGCGUAUAAUACGGGCGACGCGCUCGUAAUGACGCUACGACUGAAUCAUUAAACAAUCGUAGUAUCGAAUCAAAUUACCCUCAGGCUUGGUUUCGACAACUUCGUGACUGAUAUAAAAUAUGCAUAUAUAUAAAUAUAUCUAUAUAAUACAAAUAUGUAUAUGAGGCGAUAUAGUUUUGAGUUAGCAUGAGACUAGAUGUAGGUCUAUUCGUCUAUAUAGAUAAUUCGAGCGAGUAGGAAUUGAGAAGAAUUGGAAAAAGGGAGGAUGAGAAAUAUACGUUCAACGCAUAUAUAUGUAUAAAGCGAUGAAAAAGUAGAGAUGGAGCAAAAUAUACUGCAAGAUUGAAUUUUUUUUCGAUAUGCAGAUUAUAAGAAAUGUAUAUCUAUAUCAGACUAGAGAUUCAUUGAGAUUAAGAUUGAAUUUGAUCAAUAAU